AGCAGCAGAAUGGAUCUUUUAGAUUUUCUAACUGAAGAUGAGUUGAUGCAGUUUUUUCACUAUAAGAAGACAGAGAUGUCUUGUAUGGAGGACCCACAGACCUUCCUCACCCAACUCCGGGACCACGACCUGGUACCUGAGGAUGUCUACAAGAAGGUAAUAAAGAUGAAAAAUAAAGAGAGAAAGCAAAAAGGUGUCUAUGAGAUUUUGGACUGGGUGGAGAAUAAUCGAGAACAGUGUAUGAAACUGUUUUGGAGUUGUGUGUUUCAAGAUCACAUCCUGCGGCAAUAUCCUGUUCUCCGCUUGCUCCAGAAAAGCCUUCUCGAUGGUUCCUUUAGGAUUCAUGAAAAUCUCCUAAAUGCUGAUAAAAAAAAUAGAAAAAAGGAAGCUGAGAAAGAAGAAAAUAAACAGAAAGCGCACAAGACUGCAACAAAGAGAAAGAGAAGUUCUGAAGAGACAGAUGAUGAGGAAACUGGACCUUCCUCUGUGUUCAGUCAGAAGAAACCAGCUAUUAAGCCUGAAAUCUUGCCACUGUUAAAGAGUGAAACACUUCCAGUUACCUGUGGAGAUAAAAAGGGAAUCCUGUAUCCAGACAAGCUUGCCAAAGGAGCAAAAUGUAAGUGUAUUCUGUCCCAGGACUGCUGGUUUACUACAAAUGACUUUGAGAGAUUUUCGGGAAGGGGAAAUAGCAAGAACUGGAAACUUACUAUCCGGUACCAAAACACUCCACUGCUGAAACUAUUAAAGGAGGGUCAUUUGCAGUGUCCACGCUCUCACAAAGGCUGUUGUCAAAAGAAAGUGUCAUUUUCUUCUGGACCUGAGGAACCCAACAGUCCUUCAAUUCAGCAAAACAGCGAGCGAGCGGACUCGUCCAAACUUGGCAUCUCUGCUUUACCAGUCAGCUGUGGUUCUGUUAGUGGGUUUUUAUAUAAAAGCAGAUUUACAGGGUCACGCAGUAAAAGCAUCCGCACAGAGGAGCGCUGGUUCACUCCUGAGGAGUUUGUAAUGCAGGAGUCAACUCUAACAGAUGGACACUGGAAGAAAGACAUACUGUAUCAAGGGAAAACCAUUAACUACCUGGUGAAGAAGAAGAUCCUGGAUAUCCAUCCACAGUCAUGUUCCUGUCAUCUAUGCUGUCCCAAGAAUAUUUGGGAACAGGAUAAUGAUGAUGUGUGCUACAUUUGUAACACUGGGGUAAAUCUGGUGUGCUGUGACGGGUGUCCGCGAGUUUUUCACCAUCACUGUCACUUACCCAUUCUACAGGACGACACAUUUGGGGAUGAGUGGAUUUGUACUUUCUGUGUAUUAAAGGCUAACCACAGAUUGUGGAUUCACAUGAGCAGGAAAGGCGCGUUGGACAGUCCUGUUUCCAUGAACAAUAUGCGCUGUGAGUAUUUGCUAUUGCGCUUGUAUAAGGCAGCUACGAAGCAGAUGUUUGCUCACGACCCUACUGAAAAGGUGCCGAGAUAUAGCAGUGUGAUCUCCAACCCCAUGUGGCUGGACAAAGUGAAGAUUAAACUGCAGAAAAACGAGUACAGAACAGUGGGACAGUUUGUAAAUGACAUAGACUUCAUCUUCAACAACAACAAGACCUUUAAAAAGGAUAAUUGGGGAGCCAAAUUGAAAAAGAAGUUUGAGGAAGAUUUUAACACCAUCUUUAAAAUUGAGUAGCAUUCAAUUAUCAUUAAAUGUCUAAAAUCUUUAUUUAAAGUUUACAUUGCAUCAGAUCUAUUUAAGUGACCUUAUUGUCUGUGAUUCAGCUUUUUUUUUUUUUUUUUUUAAUCUGUUUAUUAUUGUUUUUGGAUGCAGGUAUUUUUGUAAGUCAAAGCUCCAAAUUAUGGAACAAUUCUUUAUAUUGUUAUAUAACAAAUUUUUAUAAACAUCUUUACAUUUUAUAUACCUUUAAAGUGAAUUAAUGUACAUGUGUCUCCUAAAAUCUCACAUGUCUUAUUUUUCUGUGGUUUAUUUUUAGUUUAGUUAUUUUUGUUUCUUUUUUGUGUGUGUAGGGAUGUCUUACAGGCAUGUCUUUUACAGUACACUAAUACCCUCUGUGAUCUACUGCUGUUUCAGGCUGCACAAUUCACUGCACUGGAUUUGUAGUAAUAUACAGUGAUAAAUUAUAUUGAUAUUAAUUAUUUAUAAAUAAAUUGUUAUUUCGUAUUCUAGUUCUUGCAUGGGUACAGUUUGCACUAUUUAACUUAAAGUUGUUGCUGUUUUUGUUUUACUAAAAAAGGCGUUAUGUGAGAAUCUGCUACACACUAUACACACUUAAAAAUAGUAUGAUGUAUAUUAUAUUAAUAUAAUAGUAAUAAUAGAAUGUAUUCAUGUACUUUAUUGUGUAGUAGUAGUAUGCAUGUAGUAUGUAUAGGUGAGCUCUUUAAGUAGCUUUAAGUAACUAAAGUGUCUUUUAUUUGGCUGCAGCUAGCAAAAGCCCUGACACGUUUCUUCAAAGAAGUGAUUUUUAAAAUUUUUUAUUAAAAAAAAUAUAUAUUUCUGCAUCAUGUUAAUGUUCAUUAAAUGUAUAUUUUCAUUGUGGCAUUACAUAAGAAAAGAAAUUUUAUUAUUAUUAUUACUUUCUCCAUAUCCUCAUUUCAUUUAUUUUACCCCAUAUUUAUAUUUUUCUGAAAAAUGCCAAAUGUCAGUACAGACAGUUGUAAAGUGAAAUGGGGCCUCUUUCAGUUUAUUUAAAUUCAGACAAAUCAGGAAUAAAAGAUUUUCAGAAAUAUAAGAAAUUUGCUAGCAUUUUCCUUUUUUAUUUUGAGGUAAAUAUUUUAACUUCUUAAAUUUUUGCACAUUUGUUAAUUUAUUCUAGUUUGUGCAUGCAAUGAAGUGAUCAGAAAAUUAUGCCAUUCUGUAACUUAAAAAUGUUGGUCUACAGCUCUGUGCAUUUGAAUAACGGCAAUUAAAAAUUAUACAAACCU